UUCCAUCAUCACUUGCAACUAGAUAGCUAGCUUAGCUCCCGAUCGAGAGAACUCGCCGCCGCGCGCUCCAUCUCUUUCGCUUCGUUCACUGCAACUUUCCAAGCCCCGGCCAGCUCCAGGUGGAUCGAUCGGAGAUCAAGCGCCGGCGGCGGUAACCACCAGCUCGAUCGAUGUCGUCGUCGUCGUCGUCGAUGGACUGCGUCGCCGCCUCAAAGGACAAGGAGGAGACGCCUCCGCUCAAUAGCAGGGCGGCGGCGUGGUGGACGGGGGAGACGGUGGCGGUGGUGACGGGCGCGAACCGCGGCAUCGGGCACGCGCUGGCCGCGCGGCUUGCCGAGCAGGGCCUGUGCGUUGUGGUCACGGCGCGGGACGAGGCGCGCGGGGAGGCCGCCGCGGCCGCGCUCCGCGCCAGGGGGCCGCUCCGCGGCGCCGUGCGGUUCCGCCGCCUCGACGUCGCCGACCCGGCCUCCGUCGCCGCGUUCGCGUCGUGGGUGCGCGACGAGCUCGGCGGCCUCGACAUCCUGGUGAACAAUGCUGGGGUGUCGUUCAACGAGAUGGACACCAACUCCGUGGAGCACGCGGAGACGGUGCUCCGGACCAACUUCUACGGGGCCAAGAUGCUCACCGAGGCGCUGCUGCCACUCUUCCGCCGCUCGCCCACCACCAGCCGCAUCCUAAACAUCAGCUCCCAGCUUGGUCUUCUCAACAAGGUGAAGGACCCUCAGCUGCGUCGCAUGCUCCUGGACGAGGCGGCGCUGACGGAGGGCGACAUCGAGGGGAUGGCGUCGCGGUUCCUGGCGCAGGUGGCGGACGGCACCUGGCGCGGGCGCGGGUGGCCCGAGGUGUGGACGGACUACGCCGUGUCCAAGCUGGCGCUCAACGCCUACUCCCGCCUGCUGGCGUCGCGGCUGGCGGGCCGCGGGGUGAGCGUCAACUGCUUCUGCCCCGGGUUCACGCGCACCGACAUGACGCGCGGGCUCGGCAAGCGCACCGCCGAGGAGGCCGGCCGCGUCGCCGCGGGGCUCGCGCUGCUCCCGCCCCACCACCUGCCCACCGGCGAGUUCUUCAAGUGGCGCACGCCGCAGCUCUACUCCAAGCUGUGAUCAAAGUUGCCACGCGCGCGUUUGCGUGUGUCUCGCAUCUCGCGGUCGCGGUACUGGCUGCCCGGGCAGCUGCUGCUGCGCGCACCGAUCGGCGCGGCGCGGGCGGCAGGCAUGCCCGCGUGCGUGCGUGUGGUGUGCACUGUGCAGAUCAUGGUGGUUGCCGUUUCCGUAUGCAAAGCAUGGUUCCCUUUUUGUUUCUUACUGUAGUAUUUAAGAUGGAAAAAAAUGGUCGUCUUCUUGCUCGCAAAAAAAAAGGAGAGAACAAGUGUACGUCUUUCACGUGCACAUAUUUAUAAGCGUUUUUUGGACUGCUCCGCCACAUCAUUUCUAAGACCUUGUUUAGUUCUGAUUUUUUUGUUUGAGGUACCGUAAUACUUUCGUUUUUAUUUAGUAA